AUGGGGCACGGCGUGAGCUGCGCCCGCACCGGCGACGAGCACGACUACUUCCGCGCGGCGCAGGUCGGGGACCUCGACGCCCUGGGCGCGCUCCUCGCCGCCGACCCCUCCCUCGCCCGCCGCGCCACGCUCUACGACCGCCUCUCCGCGCUCCACAUCGCCGCCGCGAAUGGCCGCCUCGAGGUGCUGUCCAUGAUCUUGGAUCACGGGGUGCCGCCGGACGCGGUGAAUCGGCACAAGCAGACUCCGCUGAUGCUCGCGGCGAUGCACGGCAAGAUCGACUGCGUGCUCAAGCUCCUGCAGGCCGGCGCCAAUAUCCUGAUGUUCGACUCCCUGCACGGGCGGUCCUGCCUGCACCAUGCGUCCUACUUCGGUCACGUCGACUGCCUGCAGGCCAUCCUCACGGCGGUGCGGACCACGCCGGUGGCCGACUCAUGGGGUUUCGCCCGGUUCGUCAACGUCAGGGACGACCACGGCGGCACGCCGCUGCACCUCGCCGCCAGGCAGGGCCGCCCCGGCUGCGUGCAGGUGCUGCUGGAGAACGGCGCCAUUGUCUCCGCCCUCACCGGCUCCUACGGGUUCCCCGGUAGCACAUCGCUGCAUCUGUCCGCUCGCAGCGGGAACCUGGAUUGCAUCCGGAAGCUGCUUGCCUGGGGCGCAGAUCGUCUCCAGAGGGACUCAGCAGGGAGGAUUCCUUAUGCCGUUGUGCUGAAGCGCAACCACGAAGCGUGCGCGGCGCUGCUGAACCCUUCGUCAGCGGAGCCCAUGGUGUGGCCUUCCCCGCUCAAGUUCAUCAGUGAGCUGGACCCGGAGGCGAAGGCUCUCCUGGAAGCGGCACUGAUGGAAGCCAACAGGGAGAGGGAGAAGAAGAUUCUGAAGGGCACAAAGUACUCUCCACCAUCACCUUCCCCUUGCGAGCAUGAGAAUGAUGCCGAUGCCAUUGACGAUGCGUCCUCGGAGGCGAGCGACGCAGAGCUGUGCUGCAUCUGCUUCGACCAGGCGUGCACGAUCGAGGUGCAGGACUGUGGGCACCAGAUGUGCGCGCCGUGCACGCUGGCGCUGUGCUGCCACAGCAAGCCCAACCCGACGACGCUUACACUGCCAUCGCCGGCCUGCCCCUUCUGCCGCGGCAGCAUCUCGCGGCUGCUCGUGGCCAGGGCAAGCACCACGUCCAUUGAUGACGCGGACAAGGCUGCUGCUGCGGCUGACUCCUCCCCGCAGCUUGUCCGGCGGCGGUCCCGGCGAUCUCACAACCUCAGUGACGGCGGCAGCAGCAGCUUCAAGGGGCUGUCAUCUGCCGUGGCGGGGUCCUUCUCCAAGAUCGGGCGCGGGUCGAGCCGGAUGGCCAACAGUGACAGCUGCGGCGGCAUGGACAAGCCCGAGCACGACCUGUGA